AGUUUUUUCUUUGCUAGAAGAAGAUUGCAAAGCUGCCGGGCGGUUAUCCCUCUGUCGGAGGGAGCCGACAAUGAUAUUUUGCAAUUGCUGUAGGAAGACUGUCCUGGAAAUCCCCACGUUCUGGUGCAAACGCCUCCACGUAGGAGUUUGAAACGGUCUGAAAGGAUGGAGCCAAAUUGGACAGUUCUGCAGGAAGAAGCAGGGGGAAAGGUGCGGGAGUGAGAUGUGUGGGGUGUGCUGGGCCUGGGAAGCUGAACAACUUUAAUCUGCAGACCUGCCAAUACACAUGCUUCCAAUUUCAAGUUAGAAGGCAAGGAAUUCUUUUAAAUAAUGCGAUUUAGUGAGUCAGAUAAGUAGGAUUGGGAUAUGUAGUUUAUGUGGGAAAAAAAUAGGGUAUUUCAAUGUGACUGGGGUUUUUUUUUGCUUGUUUUUGUAAAAGAAUAUUCCAGUGACAAUGUUUUUGUUUCUUGUAGGACAAGUCAUUCUGCUGACUUCUCCCAGCUCAGCUGUUUAAAACACAGUCUGCACACGCAGGAGUAAGCUGAAGGUACAGCUGAAGAUCUGUAGACUUAGAGAAGGUUCGAAACCAUGGAAAGCCUGUGUGCAGCAAAUACCACUUUUGCCCUGGACCUCUUAAGAAAGCUGUGUGAGAAGAAAAGUGGUCAGAAUCUAUUCUUUUCCCCUUUUAGUAUUUCUUCUGCUUUGUCUAUGAUUUUGCUGGGUUCAAAAGGUAACACGGAAGCUCAAAUAACAAAGGUGCUUUCUCUGACCAAAGCUGAGGAUGCUCACAAUGGGUAUCAAUCCCUUCUCUCUGAAAUUAACGAUCCAAACACCAAAUACAUCCUGAGAACUGCAAACCGGCUUUAUGGGGAAAAGACGUUUGAGUUUCUCUCAUCCUUUCUAGAGUCGAGUCAGAAAUCCUACCACGCUGGACUGGAAGCGACUGACUUCAUGAAUGCUUGGGAGGAUUCCAGAAAACAAAUCAAUGGCUGGGUAGAGGAAAGGACUGAAGGUAAAAUUCAGAACCUGUUGGCGGAGGGGCUUCUUAAUUCCCUGACCAGACUUGUGUUGGUGAAUGCCAUCUAUUUCAAAGGCAAGUGGGAAAAGCAGUUCAACAAAGGGAGAACCGCAGAAAGGCCAUUUCAGAUUAACAAGAAUGGGACCAAGCCUGUGCAGAUGAUGUUCAAGACAGAUAGAUUUAACAUGACCUAUAUUGGAGACUUCCAGACCAAAAUCCUUGAGCUGCCCUAUGUUGGUAAUGAACUGAGCAUGAUCAUCCUGCUCCCUGAUGCAAUCCAGGAUGGAUCCACGGGCUUGGAAAGACUGGAAAGAGAACUUACAUAUGAAAAGCUGAUAGCUUGGAUCAGUCCUGAAAUGAUGAAGUCUACAAAGGUGAUGGUGUCUUUACCCAGAUUUAAACUGGAAGAAGGUUAUAAUCUGAAACCCAUUCUGAGCUGCAUGGGAAUGCCUGAUGCAUUUGACUCGGGGAAGGCAGACUUCUCAGGAAUGUCAUCUGGCAAUGAGCUGGUGCUCUCUGAAGUGGUUCACAAGUCCUUUGUGGAAGUCAACGAAGAAGGCACUGAAGCAGCUGCUGCCACGGCUGGAAUGGCCUUCGGUUGCUCUGCAAUGAUCGUUCCAGAUUUCACUGCUGAUCAUCCCUUCCUCUUCUUCAUCCGGCACAACAAAUCUUCCAGCAUUUUGUUCUGUGGCAGGUUUUGCUCUCCCUGAAGAGGAGUUGUCUUGGUAGGAUAGGGGCCAUUACACAAUAAAGAUUUCUCUAGAAUAGGGUGA